UCUCCGGCCCCGGUGGGGACCUGCUGCCGCCCGCGUGGCUGCGGGCGCUCGGAGCGCUCCUGCUGCUGGCCCUGUCCGCCCUGUUCAGCGGCCUGCGCCUGAGCCUGCUCUCGCUGGACCCGGUGGAGUUACGGGUGCUGCGGAACAGUGGCUCGGCCGCCGAGCAGGAGCAGGCGCGCCGCGUGCAGGCCGUGCGCGGCAGGGGGACCCAUCUGCUCUGCACUCUGCUCCUGGGCCAAGCCGGAGCCAACGCGGUCCUGGCCGGCUGGCUCUACGCCUCGCUGCCGCCGGGCGUUGGGGACACCGGGGAAGACGACGGCGAUGCCGGGGUCCACUUCCCGUGGCUGCCCGCGCUCGUGUGCACCGGCGCCGUGUUCCUGGGAGCCGAGAUCUGUCCUUACUCGGUGUGUUCCCGCCACGGGCUGGCCAUCGCCUCGCACAGCGUGUGCCUGACCCGGCUGCUGAUGGCGGCCGCCUUCCCCGUGUGCUACCCGCUGGGCCGCCUGCUGGACUGGGCGCUGCGCCAGGAGAUCAGCACCUUCUACACGCGGGAGAAACUGCUGGAGACGCUGCGGGCCGCGGACCCUUACAGCGACCUGGUAAAGGAGGAACUCAACAUCAUUCAGGGCGCCCUGGAGCUGCGCACCAAGGUGGUGGAGGAGGUGCUGACCCCGCUGGGAGACUGCUUCAUGCUGCGCUCCGACGCCGUGCUGGACUUCGCCACCGUCUCCGAGAUCCUGCGCAGCGGCUACACGCGCAUCCCCGUGUACGAGGGCGACCAGAGGCACAACAUCGUGGACAUUCUGUUUGUCAAAGACUUGGCCUUCGUGGACCCCGAUGACUGCACUCCGCUUCUCACCGUCACCCGCUUCUACAACCGGCCUUUGCACUGCGUCUUCAAUGAUACCCGGCUGGACACAGUGCUGGAGGAGUUUAAAAAGGGAAAAUCUCACCUGGCCAUUGUGCAGCGUGUGAAUAAUGAAGGAGAAGGAGACCCCUUCUAUGAGGUGAUGGGCAUUGUCACACUGGAAGACAUCAUAGAGGAGAUCAUCAAGUCGGAGAUCCUGGAUGAAACUGACCUCUACACUGACAAUCGGAAGAAGCAGAGGGUCCCACACCGGGAGAGGAAGCGGCAUGACUUCUCCCUGUUCAAGCUUUCCGACUCGGAGAUGAGAGUAAAGAUCUCCCCGCAGCUUCUGUUGGCCACACACCGCUUCAUGGCCACAGAAGUGGAGCCCUUUAAGUCCCUGUACCUUUCGGAGAAGAUCCUGCUCCGGCUUCUGAAACAUCCCAAUGUGAUCCAGGAGCUGAAGUUUGAUGAGAGGAACAAAAAGGCCCCGGAACACUACCUCUACCAGCGCAACCGCCCUGUGGACUACUUUGUGCUGCUUCUGCAGGGUAAAGUGGAGGUAGAGGUCGGUAAGGAAGGCCUUCGCUUCGAGAAUGGAGCCUUUACCUACUAUGGAGUACCAGCCAUCAUGACCACCGCUUGCUCAGAUAAUGAUGUACGGAAGGUCGGAAGUCUGGCUGGAUCCUCCGUCUUUCUGCCCAUCUCUGUGUCUCGUACCUUCGCCUUCAGCAGAGGGGACUCUCUGGCAGGCUCCCCAGUAAACCGGUCCCCUUCUCGCUGCAGCGGGUUGAACCGCUCUGAGUCUCCAAAUCGAGAGCGCAGUGACUUUGGUGGGAGCAACACCCAGCUGUACAGUAGCAGCAACAACCUCUACACACCCGACUACUCAGUCCACAUCCUCAGCGAUGUGCAGUUCGUGAAGAUCACCCGACAGCAAUACCAGAACGCACUCACCGCCUGCCACAUGGACAGCUCACCCCAGUCUCCAGACAUGGAGGCCUUCACUGAUGGAGACUCUACCAAGGCCCCCACAACCCGGGGCACACCCCAGACCCCCAAGGAUGACCCUGCCCUCACGCUCCUGAGCAACAGGACCAGCCUGCCGGGCAGCCGCUCCGAUGGGCUGAGAAGCCCAGGCGAGGUGGUGUACCUGAGAAUGGAGGAGCUGGCCUUCACCCAGGAAGAGAUGACAGACUUCCAGGAGCACAAGGCUCAGCCACUCUCGCUGUCCCCUGCAGCUGUUCCCACAACAGCAGCAUCAGACCCUGAGUGUUGUCCUAUCAGCCUGGAUCCAGAGACCAGCCCUUGCAGUAGUGACUUUGAGGAAACCAUGGGCAAGAAGCUGCUGAGAACCUUGAGUGGUCGAAAACGGAAAAGGUCAGCAGAUGGAGAGAGAACUUCCGAGGAAAACUCCAAUUUAAGGCCUCUGAUCACAUGACCA